UUUGAAAAAACCCGCUUUCAAAACAUUUUUGGUGGCAACCCUGUAGUGUUGCCACUCAAACAAAUUUAGCUGCUUGAGAGACCCUGCAAUGUUGUUAAAUUGGCGCGAAAAACUGGUAAACUUUGAGUGCUUGCUGCUUUGUGUGAAAAAAAAGUUUUAAAAAUCUAAAAAUGGAAAUUCCUUGCGAAGGUAAUUAUUAAUGCAAAUUAGCUUAAACAUUUGUUGUUAUAUGUCUUGUUGUCCAACUGUGAACUGUUUUAUAUGUGUAUCUUUUUAGAUUUGAACUAACAAUUGUGUUUGUGUUUUGUGGAGAAUAACUUAUUAAUGGCACAGCCUUGCAAAAGAGCACAUAUGUGUUUGGUCACGGGGCUCUUCUUGCAAUUUGGGAAAGCAACAAACGCUCGCGAGAAGCCUUGGAGACUUACAUAUUCGACAAAUUGAAUGACGAUCAUCAAAUCGAAACAAUAAACCAAAAAAUAUCAAAUAAAAUUACUAACUUUAUUAAUUACAUUAAUAAACAUUUGCCACGAUGCUGCCGAAACAUAAAGCGAUUUAGACAAAAACACGCCAUGUGGCUAGCCGGCAAUAUGACUAUACGACUUUUUGAUAUAAAUGAAUCCCCACAGAAGAAAGGUGGUCGUCCGAAAUUGACAUAUGAAGCUGCUGGUAAACGACUCAAAAUAAAGCUGGCAUCUGAACUUGCGAUAGAAAAUCAAAAUUCAACCCCUUUGUUACUACACGCUGCUAACAUUUCUGCCAGAAAAUCAACUGAAAAUGAAGUUAUAAAAAAAUCUGAUAGAACUGGAUUGCUGGCUCCGAGUCCAAUUACUCCUGAAAAGGCAUUCGCUUUUUUUAUGGAAAAUGGGUUUACUAAGCAGCAAUACAUAAAUGUAAAACAACUUAGUAAACAACAUGGCUGCGACAUUUACCCCUCUUAUUCGAAAAUAGCCGAGGAGAAAUUAAAAUGUAGACCUGCUGGAAUAGAAUGCACCGAAAAUGAAGCAAAAGUUUCCAUGCAAAACUUAUUGAACCAUACCGCUUCAAGAAUAUUACUGAUGCAAAAGGAAGUUUGUGAAAUACUUUCAGAUGUUACUCAGUGUACUCUUAUUUUUAGCUAUGGGUUUGAUGGGUCUACUGGUCACAGUUUAUACAAACAAAAAUUAAGCAUCGCAGAGUCUCAAUCUUUAGAUGAUUCUCUAUUUGUUACAUCAAUUAUUCCCAUAAAAAUGAUAGAUCAAAAACAAAGAGUCAUUUGGUUAAAUAAAUCGCCUCAGUCCAUACGAUUUUGCCGUCCUCUAAAAAUAGCAUACUUAAAGGAAACAACGUCUCUUAUAUUAGAAGAAAAAGAAAACUUGGACAAUCAGAUUAAAAACCUGGAUUUAUACGUGCAUGCUUUUCAAUCGAAUGCAAUUUUUGUAAAAUUCGAUGGGCACCUAACACUUAUAGACGGCAAGGUCUUAAAUAUAUUAACAGGAACAAAUUCCUGCCAGUCGUGUCCAAUGUGUGGGGCAAAGCCCACCCAGCUUCUUACUACAAGUGAUUUUUAUUCCAAAAUAUUUGUUAUGAAGCCACAUACGGAUCAGUAUGGAUUAAGUUCCCUUCAUGCAUGGAUUCGCUUUUUUGAAUUCUUGCUUAAAAUAUCAUACAGAAUUGAGCUUAGAAAGUGGCAUGUUAAGGGAAAUGACAAAAUCGAAUUGGAGGCACGAAAAUAUAAAGUUCAAGCAGCGUUUUGGAAAGAUAUGGGGCUUCAUGUGGACAAGCCGAGACAAAAUGGCAGUGGCAAUACAAAUGACGGAAAUACGGCGAGGCGGGCAUUCUCCAACCCAAAAUUAUUGUCCUCUAUACUAGGAAUAGAUCACAAUUUGAUUCAGCGCCUACAUAUAAUUUUGAUAGCCAUAAAUUGUCAUUACCCUAUAAAUUCAGAAAAGUUCAAAUUAUUCUGUUUUGAAACUUUUACUAUAUAUAGGAGCAAUUAUUUUUGGUACCCCAUGUCGCCAACAGUACACAAAAUUUUAGUACAUGGAUACAUUAUCAUUGAAAAAUCAAUUGUUCCUGUUGGCUCCUUAGCAGAAAGUGCAUCAGAAGCAAGACACAAGCUUUUCAAGGCUGACCGGCAAAAUCAUGCCAGAAAAUGUAGCCGGAUUGACAAUAUGUCAGAUGUCUUUCACAGAGCUAUGGAUUCGUCUGAUCCUUUACUGUCUAGUUCUUGGUUCACAAAAACCAACAGGAUGCCUCUGCCAGCAGAGGUUGUCGAUCUUUUGGAUUCGCCAAUCAUAUCCCCAGGUGUUGGCCACAAAAACGGAAGUACAUCCCAAAACUCGUGCGCAGAAGACACAGAUGAAGAAAAUGGCAACGAUGAUGUAAGUGACACUUUUGAAAUCGAAUUAGAGGAAGAGGUACCAGACGAUAUUGAAAACUAAAACACAAGGAAAAGAGUAAGUUAAAAUUU